GACCUCUCAACUAUGUUCGGUAACUAGAAAUAUUUUCCCUAAAAAUAAUGGGCAAAAAGAAAAAUUAUAUUGAUAAGAAGAAUAGCCAUACAAUUGAUCUUACACCAUAUAUGGGUAAGGGAAAAGUAUUUGAUGACAAUUUUAAAUUAAAAGAUGAUAGUGCUACGCGUUUAAGUCAGCAAAUUAAACAUGGCAUUUAUUUUGAAGAUGAUUAUAAUUAUUUGCAACAUUUAAAAAGUUCUUUGGAAUAUGAUCCUAACAUUGUUUCUGUAUUGCAACUUAAAGCUGAUGAAAAAAUCCUUAAGCAAUCAAUUGAAAAUAAAGAAAUCAUAAAUGACAAUAUUAUUGAUCCAGAUAUAAAUCUUACAUUUGAAGAGAAUUUUGAUUUUGAAAACCCAGAAAAUUUACUAGAGAAUGAUUUUAUCAUGCAGGCCAAUGAUUUUAACACUUCUAAAUUCAUCAAUUCUUACACAAAUGAAAAUGAUCUUAACAUAGUUGGAAGCACUGAUUCUCAAUGUGAUAGUGAGUCUACUCAUAACUCUGAUAUAGAGUAUGGUAUUUCUUCUAAUAUAAAUGAUAGUAGUUUUGAACACAUAAAUAAUAAUACUGAAUUGGAUGAAAAAUUUGAACAGGUUUAUCAAAUGUAUGAUGAUGAUAAUAUUGGUGGUCUUAGUGAAAAAAAUUCAAUAGUUGAUGGAGAUGAUAACUGUGAAAGUAACUUACAGACUUUAUUGGAAAACCAGGAAAUGGCUCAAAGCUCCAAAAAGUGGGACAAAUUCAUAAUAGAUGUACCUAAAGAUUCACCUCAUAUCAAAAAAUAUAUUUAUGAACAAGAUGAAACAGAAAAUUUGCCUGAUGAUUUAAGUUCCCAAUCUGAAGAGUCAAUUUAUGAAGAGAAAUAUGAUGUGGAAUCAAUAUUGAGUAUACAGAAUGAUUAUAAAUACAAGCCUAUCCUGGUGUGUGACCCUCUUAAAAAAAUAAGAAUUUCUAGAAAGAAUCGUCUGCCUUUAGACGAUAACAAUGAUGUGCCGCGUUUUAAUUGCCAAUCCCUCCGAAAAUCGCUCAUUAUCAAAGGUAUAGAUUAUUCCUUGAACCAACUCGAUCUCGACAAAUCAAAUAUGAACGCACCGCCAGACGACAUGGACACGAAUGACAGAAAAUACGAAGAUCGUCAACAGUUAUCCAACUCUAAUCAACCAAUCGUCAAGGAUAAGGACGCUAAUAGAGAGAGGAAAAAGAACUUGAAAGAAGAUAAAAGGCAAAGACGAUCAGAAAAAAAGGUAAAUAAGCUGAAUUUCAAGAAAGAAUUGGAUAAAGAACGUUUGCAAAGAAUAAACACGCGUUUGAAUCAUCAAUCGGCCUUAAAACUCGCUUAAUAAUCGCUCUUCGUUCUUAUAACACCGAAUAUUUUAAUCAGUGAUUGAUGGUUUUAUUAUUUAUUCGUUGUAGCACCUUAAUAGAAAAAUAUUACGAACUAAAGAUAUAAUCUGUUCCCUUAAAAUAAGCUUAAAAAAUGAAAUUUUUUGACCCCCAGCUAAAUUACAGGAUAAAUUUUAUUUAAUAAAUUGUGGAAAGCACAUAUAAACGUUUAUAAAUAAUUAUACCCUUUUUCUAGCGUAACAUUCAUAAAUAAAUUAUUAUAUCAUCUUUAUAAUAAUAUUUUUUUUUCUCCCAAAUUUACGAUUAAUUUAAACAUGAAACAAAAUGUCAUUUUUCUAUACAAAAACACUAUACAUAUAAAUAAAGUCAGUAAAGAGGAAU